UUAAGUGAUGUGAUUUUUCAUAAAUAAACCAAGGUAAAAAUUAAUAUCCAUGAAUUUUCCAUUGUCUUAGUGGAAAUUGAUAAACAUGCUAUUAUGGAAUAUGAAGUUCUUCAGUGUAUCUUCAGUCAAGUAACUCUUGCAGAGACUUAAGACAUAGUUUUUAAAGUACAGUAAUUUCUCCUUAUCCAUGAGGGAUACAUUCCAAGACCUCCCAGUAGAUACCUGAAACCAUGGAGAGUAUUGAAUUCAAUACAUGCUAUGUUUUUCCUAUACAUCCAUAAUUAUGAUAAAGUUUAAUUUAUAUAUUAGGCACAGUAGAGAUGAACAGAAGCUGAUAAUAAAAUAGUUAUAACAAUGUACUGUAAUAGAAGUUUUGUGAAUUUGACAUCAUUAAGUAAAAUAAGGCUUACUUGAACACAAACACCAUGAUACUGUCAUAUUUGAUCUGACAUCCAAGAUGGCUACUGAGUUGCUAAUGGGUGGGGAGACAAAGGGACGAUUCAUAUCCCAGGUGGAAUAGAGUAGAACAUUGUGAGAUGUCAUCAAGCUCCUCAGAAUAGCAUGCAGUUUAUAAUAGAUGAACUGCUUAUUUCUGGAAUUUUCCAUUUAAUAUUCUCCUACUGCAGUUGUCCUUGGAUACCCAAAACUGUGCAAAGUGAAACUGUGGUUAAGGGGGCGUGACAGCCUUAGGAGAUUUGGUGGGUUCAGUUCCAGAGCACCUCAAUAAAGCAAGGACAGCAAUAAAGCAAGUCAUAUGAAUUUUUGAUUUCCAGUGCAUAUAAAAGUUAUGUUUAUACUAUUAAAGUGCAAUGACAUUAUGUCUAAAAAGAUGUAUAUAACUUAAUUUAAAUAUUCUUUAUUGCUAAAGAAUGCUAACCAUCAUCUGGGCCAUCAGUUGUAAUCUUAUUGUUGGGGCAGAGUAUUGCCCUAGUAGCAAGAGAGAUGACUAACCAAAGGUCACCAUAACAAAUAGAAUAAUAAUAAUGAAAAAGUUUGAAAUAUUGUGGCAACUGCUGAAGUGUGACCCAGAGACACUAUGUGAGCAGAUGUUAUUGGUAAAAUGGUGCCUACAGACUUGCCCAACAAAAGGUUGCCAGAAACCUUCAGUUUGUAAAAUAUACGCAAUAUCUGUGAAGUGCAACAAAACAAAUACAGCUGGCCCAGGUGCUGUUAUUCACACCUACCAGUCCUGUAACAAUGAGAGACAAGUAACAAUGCACGUCAUAGAAAAAGAUUUCUAGGCUGCAGUUUUUAAUCUGAAAAAUUAUUGGUAAACCAAGUUAUCUCUGGAGUCUCAAGAAUUGAGUACAAAUAAUUCCAAAAUAUUUAUUCCAGAAAUGAUGUGACAGCCUUGUAAUCAGUAGUGAUGUCAAUGUCCUCAAAGUGGUUUCCAAGUUUUUCUCACCAGUGGAAUUUUUUAUUCAAAUAAAAAACCUAUGGAAUUCCAAUAUAUAAUGCAAACAAAAAUAAUAAGGAGACUUUUCAGGUGCCAAAGGCUGGCAGUGGCAGCAGUAUCACCAGCAGGGAACUUCCUUGGUCGAAGAUGGAGACUUACAUAGUUGUAAUGAGACACUGAGCUAAUGCAAGGGAGGCUGAGAAUCCCUGAAGGCCCUUCAUACAAGCAGGGCAGACAAAAUGAGUCAAUGCUGAUGCCUGGACUCUUUGGUCUUGCCGCUGCCCACUGGCCAUUUCGAAAGAGUCAUGUGAUGAAGAUGUGUUUUAAAUGAAGAUGCUGUAGCACUGGGUUGCCUAUGGUUCUUUGGCUUCUGGUUGUGAGCGCCUCUUCUCUGCAAGCUUUCCAUCAUGAUUGAGCCCUUCUUGGGAACUUGGAAACUGGAAUCCAGUGAAAACUUUGAGGAAUACUUGGGACAACUAGGAGUGCCUGUUACAAUCCGGCACCUAGCUGCAUUAGAGAAGCCAAAAAUCAGUAUUAGCACCAAUGGGGAUAAGGUGAGCAUCAAAACAGAGAGCUCUUUCAAGAACGUCGAGAUCUCCUUCAAGCUAGGGGAAGAGUUUGAUGAAACCACAGCAGAUAACCGGAAAGUGAAGAGCAUCAUAACCCUAGACGGUGACUCACUGGUCCAUGUCCAAAAGUGGCUUGGCAAAGAGACAACAAUCAAAAGACAAAUUAUAGAUGGAAAAAUGGUAGCGAAACAUACCAUGAAUAAUGUUGUCAGCACACGAGUCUACAAAAAAGUAUGAGGAAAGUGCCAACAUCAGAGAAAACUUGCUCACUAGCAGAAAAUGUGGGCUUGAUGAAGAUAUGCCUCAGGGCCAAUAAUUUUUAAAAUUCCUUCAUAAAAAUUUGCUCAAUAAAAGCAUCAAAUUCA